AUGCUUAAUAAUCUUCCCACUUGCUCCCAUACGGAUUAUGAUUUAAUUAAGCAAGAUUAUAAAGAUUUACAGGUUAAAAAUAAUUCUUUAGAAGGAAAUAUUAAUCAACUUCAAAACCAAAACCAAAAACAAGCUGCUGAAUGUAAACAACACUUGGCGGAAAAAGAAGCCCAAAUUCGGCAAAAGUUCAUUGAAGAUUUAAAAUUAACUAAUUUAGAUAAAACUGCCUCGGUGGAAAAAAUAAUUACCACUAUUCAGCAAUUAAUUCGCAAAGACCCUAUUAUUUUAACCGAAGAAUUAUCUAAGGAGACUAUUCAAGAACAAUUAACAGAAGCUCAAUCAACAAUUAUUAGAUUAGAAAAAGAAUUGGGAGAAAAAAAUGCUGAUGUUCCUUUUGAAGAAAACUUAGGAGCUAUUAAGCAAGCUGAUUUAGAAUUAUUAACUAAAAUUUUCUCUGAGGAGCAAAUACCGGAUCAAGUUAGACAAGAGAUUGCUCAAGCCACAACUUAUCAGCAAGUAGUCGCCGCCAGACAAGCUUUUUUAGAAAAGCAUCUAGGUCAAGAGCAAAAUAAAAUUCAAGCAGUUAAUCAAAUAUCCACUGAAUUAAGUCAACCAGUUAAUAAAGAAAGAAUUAUUUGGAUUGGACUAUUGAUAACUGCUUUGUUAACUAUUGGGGGAUUAUUGAUGAAAUUAAGAGGAAAGAAAAAAUAA